AUGACCCAAGAAAUUACCACGGAAGAAACUGAAUUCUUUCUCCUGGGAUUUGGUGCCCAACAUGAGUUUCAGUGUGUCCUCUUCAUUGUAAUUUUAGUCACCUAUGUGACAUCCAUGGUGGGUGAUAUUGGAAUGAUUCUACUCAUCAAGACAGAUCUCAGACUUCAAACACACACAUACUUCUUUCUAUUAUAUUUGGCUUUUGUCAAUGUCUGUUAUACCUUUGCUAUCACUCCCAAGAUGCUGCAAAACUUCACAGAGAAAAAAUCCAUCUCAUUCAUAGGAUGUAUGGUGCAAUUACUAGUUUAUGCUACUUUUGCAACAACUGACUGCUAUAUCCUUGCUAUGAUGGCAGUGGACCGAUAUGUGGCUAUCUGUAAACCACUCCGCUAUCCAACACUGAUGUCCCAGAGAGUUUGCAUUCAACUCUUAGUUGGUUCAUACAUCAUGGGUUUUCUAAAUGGUUCUACACAUACAAGUCUGACUUUCUCACUGAACUUCUGCAACUCCAAUAAAAUCAACCACUUUUUCUGUGACGUACCCCCAAUUCUUGCCCUCUCAUGUUCCAACAUUGAUUUAAACAUCAUGACCUUAAUAGUCUUUGUGGGGUUUAACUUGACAUUCACUGUGUUGGUUGUCAUCUUUUCCUACACAUAUAUUCUGGCUGCCAUCCUGAAGAUAUCUUCUGCUUCAGGGAGAAGAAAAGCCUUCUCCACAUGUGCCUCCCACCUGACAGCGGUCAUCAUUUUCUAUGGGACUCUUGCUUACAUGUAUCUUCACCAUAGGACCAACAAGACUCAAGAGCAAGAAAAAAUGGCUUCGAUGUUUUAUGGCAUCGUGAUCCCCAUGUUAAACCCCUUCAUCUAUAGCCUGAGAAACCAGGAUGUGAUAAAAGCCCUAAAAGGGAUUGGAAAGAAGUGUUUCUAG